GUUGAUACUCAUAUCCAUGCUGCUGCUUGCAUGAACCAGAAACACUUAUUGAGGUUUAUUAAGCACACAUAUCAAACGGAGCCCGACAGGAUUGUUGCAGAGAAAAAAGGCAAGAAGAUGACUUUAAAGCAAGUCUUUGAAAGCCUUCACAUGGACCCUUAUGACCUCACUGUAGACUCUUUAGAUGUCCAUGCAGGUCGUCAAACAUUUCAUCGAUUUGACAAAUUCAAUUCCAAGUACAAUCCAGUUGGUGCCAGUGAGCUGAGGGACUUGUAUUUGAAAACUGAGAACUACAUUGGUGGUGAAUAUUUUGCUCGGAUGGUCAAGGAAGUAGCCCGUGAACUAGAAGAAAGUAAGUACCAGUAUACAGAACCCCGCUUAUCCAUUUAUGGACGGUCUCCAGAUGAAUGGCUGAACUUGGCAAAAUGGUUCAUUAAGCAUAAAGUUUAUUCCCCUAAUAUGCGCUGGAUAAUUCAGGUUCCCAGAAUCUAUGACAUAUUUAGGUCAAAAAAUAUUCUGCCUAGUUUUGGGAAGAUGUUGGAGAACAUCUUUGUACCUUUGUUUGAAGCAACAAUCAAUCCCAAAGACCACAAAGAAUUACACCUUUUCCUCAAAUAUGUGACUGGUUUUGACAGUGUUGAUGAUGAAUCCAAACAUAGUGGCCAUAUGUUCUCUGACAAGAGCCUUAACCCUGACCUCUGGACCAGUGAGAAGAAUCCCCCGUAUAGCUAUUAUUUGUAUUACAUGUAUGUGAACAUCAUGUUGCUAAACAACCUUAGGAAUCAGCAGGGAUGGAUUACUUUUCUGUUUCGACCUCACUGUGGAGAAGCUGGGUCUAUCACACACCUUGUAUCAGCCUUUCUGACAGCAGACAACAUUUCUCACGGAUUGCUCUUGAAGAAGAGUCCUGUCCUCCAGUAUCUUUAUUAUCUUGCACAAAUACCCAUUGCUAUGUCUCCACUUAGUAACAACAGCCUAUUCCUGGAGUACUCAAAAAAUCCACUACGGGAAUUUCUACAUAAGGGACUUCGUGUGUCUCUCUCCACAGAUGAUCCUAUGCAGUUUCAUUAUACAAAGGAAGCUCUCAUGGAAGAAUAUGCUAUUGCAGCCCAGGUGUGGAAACUAAGUACCUGUGACUUGUGUGAAAUAGCAAGAAACAGUGUACUACAGAGCGGAUUGUCAGAUAAGGAAAAACAGAAAUUCUUAGGGGUGAAUUACUGUAAAGAAGGGCCUGAGGGAAAUGACAUUCGAAAGACAAAUGUUGCACAGAUCCGGAUGGCCUUCAGGUACGAGACACUGUGCAAUGAACUUAGUUUCCUGUCUGAUGCUAUGAGAACAGAAGAGAUUUCUACUCUGUCGAAGUAG